AUGGGGCGCGAUGGAUCGAGAAGGAAACGAAACGAUGAAGAAUCUCAAAUGAACGCCCAGGAAUCUUUUUGGGGUUGUGGAGCGCGGUGUAUGGGGAUUCUUGGUGUUUUGACCGUCAUUUUAGUGGUGGCUGUCAUUCAUGUGGCAAUCAGCGAUGAGCGCAAGACGUAUUUCGAUGAACUAGUCAGUACGGGAGGUGCUAUUCGCUCGGCACGUGAUGUUCAUAGCGAUCUCAAGGAUUAUCCCGUGAAGAUUUGUCAGACUGAGGAUUGCAAAAAAGUGGCAAAAUACAUAAACGCUUCCAUGAAUCAUUCCAUAGACCCAUGUGAAGACUUUUUCGAUUACGUUUGCGGGGGCUGGAUCAAAGCCAAUCCCAUUCCCAAGAGUUCCUCGACCUAUUCCACAUUUGCUAAGCUCAAUGGGCAUGUAGAAAGAAAUCUGAGACGCAUUUUGGAGAAGAGAAUAACAUCUUCAAGUAAGAGGCUCUUCCAGCUGCCAAAGAAGUUUUAUGACUCCUGCAUGGAUCUCAAAACUAUUGACAAAAUAGGGGAUAAGCCAUUACGGGACUUGAUUCAUGAAAUUGGCUCCUGGAGCAUUGAUAGCAAUUCAGGCUGGAAUGAGGAAAGUUGGAACCUCGAGGGAACUUUGUUGAAAAUUCAUAAGCACUAUACGUCCGCUGGCGGGCCUUUGUUUUCUGUUCACAUUAGUGACGAUCCAAUAAACAACACCAGACACAUAAUUGAGGUAAGUGCCCUUCAAUCAAAGUCAUGGUGUGAUUGCUAGAAGGCUUUCACUUUCCACUCGAUGCUUGUGAAACCAAUGGAAGAUUCCAAAUUAGAGCAGUCUGUCUGAAUCGCAUCAACGGCUCUUGUGGGAGUCCUAUUUAGGCCCUUCUCAUGUUUAUUAUUAAAACAAGCAAUUCGUGUACUUAUUUAAUUGUUUAACGAAAUUAAAUGAAAAUUCAGACCUUGAUGGAAAGAACGUUUAAAAACGACAGAGUUCUACCAUUAUCAAUAUUGUAAAUUAUGAUUUUUCGUAUGGAAAGUAGGACAUUUCCUGAAUUAGCAAUUUCCGAGACCGUUUGAUUCUAUUCUGUUAACUUAAGAGGCGGCAUAUAACCUGUUACAUCUGGCUUGGACUACCUGCCGUUUGUUUCAGAAAUGCUACAGAUAAAAGAUGAAUUUGUUUUCACACAAUAAACGUUCACCAAAGCCUGCCCAACAUUCCCAAAGAAAUCCAACAGUUGACUUUCCUUGUUAAAAUCUGAAAAAAGGGUCAAGUAAACAUCCUUCCAAGGGUUUUUAUGUAAAUGGUAAGGUUUUAGAAAUUUAUCCAUUGACAAUAAAGUUAGAGCUGCGUGACAUGUUUUCAUAACCGUCUUUGGGCGUGAAGAAACAUAUCAUGGCUAACAGCAAGUGAGAAUACGAAGACACGAUGAUACGGCCGGGGUGAACCUCUCGCACACUAUGCCAAUAGGGCAAGCUCCUUCCAGGACGGAAGCCUCCAAGGAGUAGUAACAUGUGCCAUUACGGAUUCACACCAUGCUUGAAGUGGGGGGAGGGAGAAGCGUUGCCUUGACGUGAUCUAUGUGUUGGACUCGCAACCCGUCGAUCCCGAGUUCGAGUUCUGCUGUGAUCACUGGCUGCAUUUUUCUUUGGUUGUUCAAUACUUCGGCCACAUUUGGAAAUAGCCAACUGGCAGCGGCCUAAUACAUGUUGGAAUUUUUCACCAAGCUGUGUUUCCUUGAGAUUAUUUUUCUUUUGAUUCAUCGAGUGGAGCCCAGUGUCAAAUUGGUAGAAAAGCUGAAAGCACUUUCAGGGAAACAAUGACUUAUAAUUCAAUUAUUAUUUUGCAAACAUAUCUCCUGAGCGUAGAAUUCUUAGAGGGAAGUAUGGGCAACGAGGCUUGAAUCAGAAAUGAUUAAUCUUCAAUUUUGAGAAAUAAUGUCUGAUAUAGAAAUGUCCUUCCAACAUUUGAGUCCCUGAAAAAAAUCCCAUUGGAUGACCAUCAAAAUGAAACCUUACUAUAAGUUGUUUCAUUUGCAAGAUGACAUUCAGCAAUGUUUCUCUAGUUUCGAUUAUGGGCAGUAUUUAUUCAGUUUGUUCCUUUUCCUCGUUACUUUGCUUGAGAUUCUGUUCAACGCCAAUCUUUCUUGUGAAUCAGAGGCCCUUGGUUGAGAUCAGCGUUUGCGGCACAAUCAAGACUCGUACUCUUUUUGCUUAACUUUCAUCUGGGCGUUAUCGUCAUGGUUCUCAUGGUAAAAGCGCUGGCAACUGGAUAAUGAUCAUUUGAAAGUGUUGUAUGUUUGUCUGAAACGUGUAAUUUUUAUCGACCAGGUAGACCAGUCUGGGCCAAGUCUAUCCCGAGAAGUGUACUUUGACAGUCCAAAGGUAAGAGAAAACCUUUAUCAGGGUUGUCAUUCUUCAAACGUGUCAGCCGAGUAAAUCGUGUUUAAGGGCUAAAUGUCACAAGGAUAUUGCUGUUUAGGUCAAUUCUGUACUGAAAUCAUUACUUAGUGCCUUCAACUGUACAAGAAAAGCUCCUGUAGAGAUAUAAGAAAAUAUCAGACAAAUUUGGUUACUCUAGAUACAACGUAGACUCUGGUUGGGCACAACGAUAAUAAGCACACCCUCAAUACCACGUGUAAAAAGUGACACAAUCUUAGGAGGCAGCGUGACCGAGUGGUCAGCGGGACGAACUCACGAUCUGGCGGUGCCAUGGGCUCGAGUACCGCGCGCCUGACCACUUGCUUGAUUUGCUCCUCGUUCUUCCCGAGAUACAACUUAGACUUAGGUUGGGCAAAACGAUAAUAAGCACACCCUGAAUACCACGUAUAAAAGUGACAUAAUCUUAGGAGGCAGCGUGACCGAGUGGUCAGAGCGACGAACUCACGAUCUGGCGGUCCCGUGGGCUCGAGUGACGCGCGCUCUGACCACUUGCUGGAUUUGCUCCUCGUUCUUCCCUAGUUCAAAUCCUCAGUGAUGUAGGUAAAUAGGUAGCCAACUGGUUGCAUCCUAACACUUUGGAUUUUUACUCUUCUUUUGUUCCAUCUGAAUAAUCUUUUUCUACUUGCGUGGAGUACCUGUAAACUAACUGGAAAGCUAUAGUGACUUCCACAAUAAUAGGCAAACCUUAAUUUAUUCAUGAAAUUAAUUUCAAGAUCAUAAAAGCGUACAAGCAGUUUAUUACCGCGGUUGGAAAACUCCUCGGAGGUGAUGAAAAGAUGGAGAAACGUGCUGAAGAGAUUGUAGCCUUUGAAACAAAACUGGCCAACGUAAGUAUAAAUCGCUUGCGGAGAAAAGAAAUCAAUAUUUAAUAUUUGAUUUAGUGCUAAAAAUAACAGGAAUUUGCUGGGUAUGUGCCGCUGGCUUCUUAGAACCCCUAGCCAUUAUAAUCUUUUCUGUGGCAAGUUAUAGACCCCAUAUUAGUCACUUUUAUGAAAAUGUAAUUUUUGUGAUCCCAACUCCGCCACUUUCGGUUUAGGAAUCUACUUUAUAAAGCCCUUUAACUAGUGAUCCUGAAAUGAAUUGCCACAUUUGUAAAACUUAAUGUAGUAAAAAUCUGUCCUUUUUUGAAUCCCUACCAACCUGUGUUUUCUCACCCCUAAAAUCCCGAAAAUAUGCGACCCCAUUCUUGUAAUUCUAUUGAAAAUGCAACCCCAUUACAGUCAAUCCAGUCGUGAAAAUGCGAUCCCAUCCAGCGGCACAUUCCCAUUAAAUUAUUACUAGGAAGUACCCCCCGGGCGUUUUCACAUGACGUCACUUCCGCCAUAUUGAAGUCCACAAACAAUGAAAUGGCGGCCAUGUUGGUGUUCCAAACCAGUCCCGCGGCAGUGGAACAUUUUCUUACAUUGUUCUAAUAAAUUUGCAUAUAGUGGCCACCUGAGUGAAAAGGCUCUUUAUGUAAGUAGCAUUGUACAGUAGUUAGAAAAAAGUUUCUAAGCUGACUAUUGCCCAAAAUGUAAGUUGGGAUAGUGCGUUGACAGUCUUCUGCUUAAAGGCUUAAAUAAGCAUAAACAUAAGAAUAUCAAGAAAUUCUGUUCUUCGAUAUUCAGAGUCGCAAGAAAGCAUAUGCUCAAGCACAUGCUCAGGCGCAUUCACCUUCUUAGAGCAGCAACCCUUUUUGUCAACGCCACGCAGAGAGAUCGCGGCUAUGGGAACGAAAAUGGCACCUAAGCGACCAUGGAAGGAAUUCCUUGACGAAAUCUGCGCUAUUUACUUUUGCCAUCAAUGGAAUUAUUACUAGCAGUGCAAUAUUUUCAUGCGUCUUAAUUCUCCUGCGUAUUCUACCACAUGCUAAUACUUAUCGCUAGUGAGAACACCGUUGUACUUUUGUUUGUGCUUAUUUUACCGAGUCGACAGUUAACAAUGUACAGUCAUCUGAUUACGUCGACGCUUAAAUGAAGCGUUUUGCGUCGUUCUAAGUGAUACAUUUAUGCUCGCCUCAGACCAGAACUCGUAAUAAUGUCUAACACUGGAAUCAUUACCAUGUUUAGAAUGUUACGUCACUUGUGUAAACGAUUUUUUCUUAAUAUUUUUAGAUCAGUGUUCCUGACGCAGACAAGACUGACUCCUGGUUCAACCGGUUGAAUAUUUCUUCAUUAGCAAAAAAAGCGCCAGGGGUAAGAUUCACUGAUCGAUUUGAAUCGUUUGGUAAAGAACAGCUCCAAAAAUUUUAUUUAAGGCCAUUCCUUUGAAAUAGAACUUGCGGUUAAAUUUUUGUAAAGCUUUACUAAUUGGUUUUGUUGAAUAUACUUACAUUUUGCAAUAGGAUCGGAGGUUCCCCAUACUCGUUUAGGAGCAACUUUGUGAGCAAUGAUUCCUUAAAAUCUCCAAUAUGAUUAUACCUAUGAGUAUUUGUUUUGAACACGUUCCCGAAGUUUGUUUCUUUUUCUGCUGCACUUGGACUAUAAUUAUUCUGGGGAAAGAAAGUCACUGCUCACUUUUAAAAAGAAAGGAAAACAAUGCUAGUUCAUCACACUCGUUUACCUCUUUGAAUAGCUCGAGCCCUAAGGCAAAAGUCACCAUGUUCACGCGCUUAUCUCGCGUGAAAUUCUGCCCAGUAAGUUAGUAUGCACAAUGCAAUACUAAGCAAUAACCCUAAUAUUCGCUUCUUUUACCUUAUAGUAUCCAUGGAUGCAUCAUUUUUCUUCAAUAUUUUCUAACGAGACCCUUACAGGGGAUGAAGAGAUCAUUGUACCCGCUCUUCCUUACCUUCAAAAGAUGUCCAAGAUCAUCGCAGAAACACCCAAACGGUAAGAGUAACAUUUGUAUAUCCAAGUUCCUUGAUGAUAAACUCAUUUGCCAUUUGACGGCGGAUAAUUCAGUCGCCCUAGCAUUUUGCAUUUUGGAAAUUCAAUCAAACAAAGAGACAUUCGCGCUAUUCUUAAGAUAUGAUGAAAUCCCAUUCUUUUCUCACUCGUAUCAUCAUCAUCAUCAUCAUCAUCAUCAUUGCAAUCGUAAUCGUAAUCAACAUCGCCGUCAUUUUAAUCAUCAUCAUCAUCAUCGUCAUCGUGAUUUUCAUCUUUAUCAUGACUACGAACACCAAAUCAUUGUUCUCAUCACUGACAUUUUCAUCAUCAUCAUCAUCAUCAUCAUCAACAACAACAACAGCAACAUAUUAUCAUCCUUGUUGUUGUCUCCAUUAUCACGUUAAGCAUUCUCUAAUGAAGAUGUUGAAAUGCAUCCCCCUCUUGUUCUCUCUUACCUUUGUAAGGUAAAAUAACCCAACAGUAAAAUAAUAAAGUACAUACUGAUAGACUGACUGAUAUGUUAUUCACCGAUAUUUAGGGACUACUACUGGUACUCUCAUUUGUUUUCACGUGAACUACCUAGGGGUUUUAGCUUCGAUUAAGGGCGCUUUUGACUUUGGCUUAUUUUGGAACAGUUACUUGACAUUAACUAGGACAAAGAGCGGAAGACAAGAAGCACGAGUUAAAAGAGUAUAUUUUUCUCAUAUGGUGUAGUUUGUAUUGUUUCCAGGAUCCUUGCAAACUAUAUAGUGUGGAAUGUCAUUCAAGACGAAGUCUCGUUCCUUUCUAAGCCCUACCGUGACGCCCGGACACAUUAUCGAGAGCGGGUACUGGGUUCCAAGGGUCAGAAGAAGCGCUGGAAAACAUGUGUGACAUUCACCAAUGAACUACUGGGGGACGUUUUGGGAUCAGCUUACGUGGAGCAUCAUUUCAGCAAAGGAAGCAAAAAGAUGGUAAGUAACGCACGAUAAUGAGCCAUUUAGCUUAUUUUCCAAAGCGACUCCUUGUGCUUACAGCUGUGAGUCUUUUACUACGAUUUUUUACUACAACUGCCAUAAUAUAUUUUUUCCACUGCUCUGUCCACUCAAUCCCGGUGACGUUUGUUAACAACCUUAAUCUACAUAAGAAGAUAACAAAAGAAAUGAAAGUGCAAUGGUUGCACUGUUAGUUUUUUAAUUGGCUUCUUGACAGAAGAGGUCUAUUUUGCGGUAACGUUUACAAAAAUCAAUCCAGCUAGAUAUAUAAUAUAUUUAUAUUUUUCCACAUCUUGCAAUAUUGUGUCUAUCAUGUCUAAUUCCCGUUUGGUUUCCAAUCACUAGGCAGAAGAUAUGAUCAUAGAGGUCCGAAAUGCUUUCAAAGAUAACGUUAACUCCAUUCCCUGGAUGGACAACCUUACCAAGAUGGCGGUCAUGGAAAAGGUGCUAAUCGGUCUUGUUACUAAAACUAUCAUAGCAUUUAUAUAAAAUGGAAAACGGAUAUAAUGCUUCCUUUCUUGGGACAAGGUUUCCUGCAAGUUAACUGGUGUGAAGCCAUGAAUUGUCUUAAGCUAUGCAGGCGCGUAAUUAGGAUAAAUACUGACCGAUUUCCUAAAUGAGGGCCGAAGGCGCAAGAACUAUCUAGCGGGGUCUGGGAGGCAGGCUCCCCAAGAAAUGCCAGUUUGGUUUUUAACUCUUAAAGUCCCCUUUUCUGGGUUUUCGAGCCAUUCGGACAGGAUAUUGCCCAGGUUUCAACUUGGUAAGCGUUUUUUAUAAUUAAAAAUAUUUUUAUUACGAAAAAUCUGACCGAUUUCCGUAAACCGCUUGUGAAUACGCGCCUACUAUGUCUGAACAAAACCUGAAAGCUUUUUGUACCGACUUGAAAAUUUGUCUGGUACAUCAUGAACGGCAUCGGCUCAGACCUAGAAUAUGUCGACUACGGCCACACACAUAAAACAUCGAACAGGUGCGGUUUACCGAGGGGUUUGGUGCACUAAAUCCCAAUCCUCACUCCUUAAUAGUUAUUUCCAUCUCAGUGGGUACCUAGUCUAGCUCUUACUGUUUAAUUCCGCUACUGUGCGAAUACCUACGCCUGUUCACGCCGCGACAAAGAGUAGCAGAAACCCAGCCGAUAUAUGACGCUCCACUUUCGAGAUCGGCGCGACGCGUUACAGAAGUCCCGCCGAAAUCACCGUUUUUAAGCCUGGUUUUCACUAGCGCAUAAGCAUAAACGUAAGCAUAAGCGCACCACAUGUGUAAGGAAGUGGAAACUGGGUCGACGUAAGCUAAAGCAUAAGCACAAGAAAAACGGACAAGUUCGUUCUUCUUGUGCUUGUGCUUAUGCUUAUGUCGUAACUUUGACUAGUGAAAACUGGGUCGACAUAAGCACAGGCAUAAGCACAAGGCCGUGGACCAAUCAUAGGUCACUUUGACCCAGACCUCAUCCAAACAUAUCAAAAGUAAUAUGGCGGACGCCUCGUCUGCCAUCUUGUUUGUCAUCGGGUUGAGGAGAGCUGGUAUCGAGAAUUGAGUCAAAUAUGCCAUUCUGUGCGUGCGUAUGUACUUAUGCUUAAUUAUGCUCAUGCAGUAGUGAAAACCAGGCUUUAAGUGUAAACAGAAGCUUUAUCCGGUAUGGUUUUCGUGUUGGAGCUGGAGCUAUGCGGUAUUGUUGAACAUAGCCAUACGUCCUGUUUGACAUUCAAGUGGUUCCCAUGAACGCACCUAGUGGCAUUCUGAUCUCCAUUAAGGGAAAUAAAACAGUUUCCUUGGUUCAGCAGCAGCCUUGAUACAGUAAGCCAUGAAAGCCAUUAAAGGUAUUAUUCAUCGUGGUAUGCGUUCCAUACCAGGUUUACAACAGUUUCAUAAUUUACCAGGAUUUGUGUGGAAAACCACUCAAACAUGACUGGGCGGCAAGAGUUGUUUUUCCCAAAAAUCUUCGUAAUUUUCGGCGCUUGUUGGUAUCGCUACUUUUGAAAUAUACGGCUAAAAAAAUUUGCAGAUUACCUAGUUUAAUAUGCUUUUCCAGUUCCUGCUAAAAUCAUGUUUCCAAACGAAUUGCUCUCUUGUUUGUUUAUAGUGACCAACUAUUACAAAAAGGCCUAUUAUUAUUGUUAUUCUUCUUAUUGUUCUUGUUAUUUAAAAUAAUAAUUUUAGGCAGAUGCUAUACACGAUGAAGUUGGGUUUCCACACUAUUUAGUUGACAAGAAGAAAUUCAAGAAGAGGUUCAAAAAGUAUGAUAAUGUAAGUGCUGACAAAUCCUUAUAUGACUGUUGCAAAGACACAACGUUAUAACGACAAAAUUCUUUAUGAUUAACAAUGUUACCAUUAUAAUUAAUUAGCAACACUAAUGGUUCAAUAUAAUAACAGUAAGUAAGUGAAAAACGUGCUCUUUUCUAUGAUUUUUCUCGGUCAGUUGUUGACACAUAGAUAUGCCCCAAGUGAAUGAAAAGGGAACGCCUUCGAAGUACAAGCCUAGCAUCUCGCCUUAAAAAAGGCUCGGCAUAGCUACGUCCCGGGGGAGGGGGGGGACUCCCGAUAUGAAAGGGGUGGGGAUGCUCGUCGUCUCGCUUAGUGGUACAAAUUUCGGAUUUUGGUCUCACUUAGGGUGUUCUGGGUAAAACGCCAUCAUAUUUAGCCAUGAAGGUCUCGUUUAGGGUUGCACGCGAAAAAAUAUAAAAUAUAAAUAUUGUCUGUGUUUUAACAUGGUCUUUUUUAGGGGUCAAAAAAAGCUUGGGCGCCGCCCAGAUCGGUCUCCUUUACGGGUUUAAUUCAAAAUUUCCGACCAGCAACCCCACCCCUUUCAUAUGCCGGGUCCCACCCUGGGAGCCACGUCUGAGAAUGAAUUUACUCGAAUGAUAAUCAAUUACUUUUGGUCCAAUUUAGGUGGAUAUAAAGGACAACAGUCUUUUCCAAAACAGAAUCCAAAUCCUAAAAAUGGCGCACAAAAGGAUGCUUGCUAAGCUAAGAAAGCCUGUAGACAAAGAAGAGUGAGUCAUUUUCUUACAUUACUUAAAACCGUUUGUAAUUCUAUUAAUGUACUGCUCUAUAAAUAGUAAAUCCUUAUCCUUGGCGGCCGAAAAUUCAAACUGUUUGGGUUGAUUUAAUUCGGUGGCAGCACCAUUCAGCGGUGAAGGUAUACUCAAGCAAGUCAAACGCUUUGCAAUUUUUAAUUUGAGGAGUUAUAUUUCAAUUGGUCAUCAUUUUGGGAAAAACCGUAUUUGAAGUCAAAGAUGUGGAGCAAGUAUGAUUCCCUUGGAGAACUGUAUUUGAGCGAUCACCGAUAGAGCGAUUUUCGUAUGACCUUGAAAUGAAAACGUGCGAACAAAACAGAAACAACAAACGAAGGAAAUAGAGCGAUUUGAUUGGUUUAUCGAACAGAUACAAACGCGGGUGGCUUUUGGUUGGUUAAGCGAACGUUCGGGUGAAAACACUUCAUGCCCGAGAACUUUCUAGAAAUCAAUGGAUACUUCGCUUUGACGUCAUACUGCAACACGAUUGGCCAAUCGAACAAUGUCUUCUCCAUGUUAGGGUUUUCUUUGGCGGGAAAACGAAGAGUCCAUGUUUUGAUCUUUUCAUCCAUUGGCUCAUGAAACAGAUGACGAACUCUUACCGAAACCAUUUUUCAAGGUCAUACGAAAAUCGCUCUACUGAGCCCGCUUCUGGAAAUAGAACUUGACAAAUGCUCUUUUUCUCAAAAUCUGCAAUUCUUACCUUACUAGGUGGCCAAUGGAUCCACAAACUAUCAACGCAAUGUACAGCUUCAAUGAGAAUGAAAUUAGUGAGUACACCUUAUCAUGUUUUAUGCUUCAUAAUCAUUGAAUUCAGCGAACAAAAAAUCAUUUACCAUUCUCAUUGGAUUUAAAUAUCUUGGAACAAUGUGGUGGGAUAUUUUAAAACACAAUUUACUCUUUCUACACCCCCUCAUUACCCAAGUUCAAGUGUCCUCUCAUUUUCUAGCUGUGGCAUUUCGUCGGGCAAUUUGAUCGCUUAUACUCUUUCAUUUGACACUCACUAUCUAGUAUUUAACGACUGCAAUCGUUUCUUUUAGUGUUUUUCAGUACAAUACACUCAGUGAUCCGAGGCAUAUUCUCGAAGCAUUUUUGGAAAAAAAUCAAAACAUGUACAGCCGCCUCCAAGCCAAAUUCCAAUGAACGAUUCUCAAAAUUUUACUAAGAUAGUAAAAUAUACUUUUACUUGUCUUAUUAUUUCAUUUUAUUUUUAAGUUAUUCCAGCUGCAAUUCUUCAACCGCCUUUUUUCUACGCCAAAGGAAGUCCAAGGUGAAGUUAAUUUAUAGGGAGCUUAAGCAGUGACGUUUUUGAGAGACACGUCAACCGGAAGUGAGCCUUUUUCUCUUUUAAUAAGCCUUGAAUCCACCAUAUUUGUAUUGUCAAGUGUCUUAUUCUUAUAGAGAGGAUUUGCCCAAAAAUUUCACGGCUCAAGAGUGCAAAAAUUCCACUUCCGGUUGACCUACGCUGUCGCUCAAAAACAUCGCUGCUUAGACUCAAUGACAAACUGUCUGAGUCAUAAAUAAAUGAAUGAAGUGGUUAGUCUUUUCUUGUAGCCGGCUUCAUCACUGAGGGAGGGGUGAGAUAUUUGAAGAUCAAAUGAUCGCCUUAUGUGAGGGAACCCAAGACAGUCUUGAACUGUGGAAUCCAAGCCAUGGAUUCCAGAUUCCAGGUACUGGAUUCUGGAUUAUUUAUCAGUUGAACUUGGAUUCCGGAUUCCAAAGCCCAGGAUUCCGGAUUCCACGGGAAAAACAGGCUGCAUUCCGUUUCCACAAGCAAACAUUUCCAAGACUAAGGAAUCUGAACUCUCUUACAUUGGGAAAAACUGUGAUGAUAAAGUAAAUAAUUCACUUUAAAAAGAAUCCAGAAGUCGACAUUUCGAGGGCUAGCCUUAAUUUCGCGCCAACGAAAUGCUAGUGAAUUUGAUCGUGUUGAUAAAAACCAAUUUUGGGAUAGUCAGAACUACCCCAAGGAGUUUAGAAUGGCAAAGAAAGGUAUAUAAUAGUAAUGAAAAUGAUAAGUAACAAUAACAAUAAUCACUCAAAAAUUCGUCCAUUGCUAAUUAAUAUGGCAAACAAUUUUAGAACAGUGUCUCCUGGUAAAGGUAUUCAUAUUUUCGUGAGUCACUGUAAAUGUAGUCUUCCGCUUUCGACUUCCCGAUUUAAAGUUCUAUGCUGUCUUGUUCCCCACCUUCUCAAAAAAGCCACGUGUAUUGUCUUGAUCGAAAUAUUGAAAUUCUAUUGUUGGUUGAGGUGAGAAUACGAGAUGGUCUUAAUACUACAUUCACUGCAAAGUCACAAUCUGGACUUAGAAUUUAGGAAAAUUGAUAAUACUUUAAAGAGAAUUGUUUCCUCUUCUUCUUUCCUUCAGGUCAUUGAGCUUUGGAGCAAUUGGAUCAAUUCUUGGGCAUGAACUUACCCACGGAUUUGACAACACAGGUGUUUAUAAAUGUCUUAUGCAAACGCCUCUUGUACCUCGUUAACCGACCACCGCCAUGAUGGGCUCUAGUAAGCGACCAUGUGGAAAACGUUUUGAGGGAGGUCGCGUGCGAAAGCUUUCAGCAAAUAAUAGCCUUACAAGACAACGAGCUGUCCUCCGUUUUUCCUCAGACCCACGUGCGGUGAACGAAAAAGUAAAACUAUGCAAAUUAAUUAUUAAAACCAGAAGACAUUGGAUCAGAGGCCUUGAGAUUAGCCUGCGUACAGACAUUUACUAUUUCCUUUUCUCUCAAGGAAAAGGGACGUCUGCGUAAUGACGUCGCUAAUCGUGUUCCGGUUUUCCAAGAUCUUGAGAAGGGACUCUGAUUGGCCACCUCACAGUGGGCAUGGUGCAAACAGAUUCUGAUUGGCUGCGAUAAAAAUCUGAUCUCAUAAUGUAUGCGGUGAUUUUUCAACCUAAAUUUAAAAACAACAAAGGAAAUAGAAGACGUCUGCACGAAGGUUAACUGAGAUUGGUCCUAUUUUGUUCUUUGCUUGGGUUUCCACCCUCGUGCCUCGCGGCUUCGCUGCUCGUCCCUCACUCGUGCUCUCGAUCUACUAUGAUUCAAAAGAAAAAUAAGAUACUACUUGCAGUUUAUAGCUUGACCUUGGUUAUUCGUUACCAUUUUAUUCGUCAUAUACUGAUUCCAAAUGAUUAUUAUUUGAGGUCAGCCUUGGUUUUAAGCUUAUAACUAGUGGACCUAGAGAAACAUAUUUGUUUUUCCCACAAUUUCACCAGUAUAUUUUCUUGUAGGGAGAAAGUUUAACAAGAAUGGGGAACUAACAGCACAAUGGUGGUCUCAAGACUCGCUAGAUGGGUUCGCAGCAAAGGCAAAAUGCGUUGAGAACCAGUAUUCUAUGUACAAAGUUCGCGACAAAUAUCCGGUAUGUGGUUUAUUUUCCUACAUAAUCAACGUGUUCCUAAUUUCCAGCCAGUUGAAGAGGCCUCUUCCCCAUCAAAAAACAAUAGAAAUGUUAUAAAUGAUAUCCUAUUUCGUUCUUGCUUGCAAGGGAGAGUGUGUACCAAAGGCAUAUGUCCGUAAGAGAUGUUUUGUCCGGAAUGAUAACAUUAGCAUUUCUUCAAAUUUUUAAAGUAGCAAACUUGCCGUCAUUAAGGAAUUGCCCGCUUCGAAGCCGUUUCUCUUCCCUUUCGCAAACUUGUUAAUAUUCUGCCAAUCUGUUAGCUGUAUCUUUCAUUCUCUUCGAAAGCACCGCCAAACACAGCUGAAAGCAAUUUUGGAAUACAUUCAGGAGAAGACGACGAAGAGUACGAUUACCUAUACCUGGUCUACAGUAUUCUAUAAUCAAUUCUUUGUUCUAUUUCCCGCGAGAUUAUUUUAAGACAAUACCUGAUUGGUCGGAUGAUUGGAGGAAAGCCUUAUUUUUCUUAUUUCAGAUUAACGGAAAGCUGACUCUUGGUGAAAACAUCGCCGACAAUGGAGGUUUUAAAGCUUCUCAUAGGGUAGGUGCAUUCAAAUCUAAGAAAUUGAAUGAGAAAAUGGGAAAGAAAGAAAAAAAAGAAAAUGGGAAUCGUUACAGCAUCCCUUCGGAUGUAUUAAUUUGGCAGUAAACUUACAGGAUGUGAGCUUUACCAAAAAAAUUACUUCAUGCAAAAUCAUCGAUAAUCAUGGAAAAUAAAGUUCUAGUGGAAACGAGGAGCGAAGGUUUUCAUCAUCUUGUAUUUUAUUGGGUAGAGUAUAAAAUUGCUAGACUUAUCAAAAAAAAAUAGUAAUUUUUCUACGAUGAGUAGCACUAACGUAUGAGCAGCACUAACGUGGUAUCGGAGUUUAUUCAGUUCUAAAUUUAAAGUGUGUGACUCAUCGCUAAGUUUAACAAAAAAGAAGCCGCGCUGUAGCCACCCGCUAUUUUGAUAUAAAGUUGUUUGAACUUGCAUAGGUUGUAAGAAAUCGGCUGAAUAAGAGUGAGGGCCAAAAUUGUCUGCACUUCUUCCUGUUAAUCCCUCUUUAAUUUCUAUUUAAUAUCUCCGUUGGUCUUCUUUUUUUCGCCAGGCCUACCAAAACUGGUUGACGAAAAACGGCCAGGAAUCAUGGCGUUUACCAGGCUUGAACGUCUCAAGCGAGCAAUUGUUUUUCAUAGGAUUUGGUCAGGUGAUUCCAAUUCAAAUUCCUUUGUCUAAUGUUACCGACAUAACAGUUUCAUUUUUGAGGUAUCAGUUCCGAAAAUCUGCCAGACGAGUACAGUUUCUAUAGUUGCAUCAUUUAAAAGUAACACAAGAAUCUCUCAAUCUUAGACAACAAAGAGACAGCCUAGGACGGCGCCCUUUUUUAAAUUCCUUUGAGUGGCUUUAAAAGUCCUGAUUCUAUGUCUAUUCGCAAGUGGUUAUUUAUAUUUUUCAUUCCCCAACGGGAGAAAAAUAGGGAAAAGCAAGGGAAAUAGUUAAAGAGUCUUUUUGGAACGUCAAAUGAUUUUUAUUUCAAACACUCCACCUCAAUGGCAGGAUAACGCUGAAUCUUCCGUUACUCGAACAUCACGCUGUUUCUGACAAACAGCUUUCCCUGGUUUUCUUUAUCACAAUAUCAGUCCUCAACUCUCGCGGAAAUUGAAAUUGUAUAACACCUUUAACAUAACAUCACUCGCUAUAUUUUAGUAAACCUCUGACUUUCAAAGUAGCUGUACAAGCUAAUAUCUCCGAGAAAGAGAAAGAAAAAAGAGUAACAAUAAUCCUAAAAGAAAGGAGAUAGAAAAAGAAAAGAAUAAAUAAGGGAAAAUACAGAACUAGGAGAAAAAGAAUUUAACUACCUAUUACUUGUAUAUUUGAUGAAACGAAAUUUUGCCGCACUUUGAAUUUGAACUCCUUAGAGAAUGUCGUAGACCCCAGGUUCUCAGGGAGUCCUUUCCUACAUUGUUGUAGAUGCGUACCUAAAUGAUCUAAAUGAAUGUAAACCGUCAUAAUACUAAUUUGAAUUUUCUAUAAUCGCAGGCGUAUUGUAGUAAUAGUCGACCAACUGAGCAAUACUUGGCAACUUUAAGUGACAGACAUUCAGAGGAAAAGUUUAGGUGAGUUGUGUUGAUGCAUAUUGGCCCUUCAGUGACCUUUCAACCCCCAUAAUGUAUCCAAAUAAAAAUUCUACAGACGGGAAUAGGUUGAAAGAAAAUUAUAAAAGUUCAAAGCAUUCUCGCUUUGCUUGAUCAUUUGAGACAUGGAUCACUGCAAUAUCUAACUAUAAAUACGUGUAUCGCAAAAAAUAGCGCUGCUGAAAAGCUAAGAGAAAAGAAAGGGUCAGCUUUGGGUCAAACCGGGGUCAUUUGCUCGCCUGAAGUGUUCAACUGAACGAAGACUGUAAGUGUCCUCACUUUAAUAAACGAUUGAACCAGAUAUCGGUUAAAUUAUCAAAGACGGCAAGAUCAUGAUCCGUAGCAGCCCGAAAUUUGUGUCAAGGUGGCGGUUUCCUUUGAUGGGACACAAAUCUGCCAGGGGCAAAUAUUAUGCAGAUCAUGAAUGAGCAAGGAUUGUGCCCUAUCAUCGCACUGUCUCCACAAGGAAACGCCUCCAUGGUGACUGUUUUUUUUCCUUUAAGAGAAUCACUUGAUACAAGAGAAAAUAAGAGGCUUUUGUAUUCUCUUGCUUGAUGUCUUUUUUUUGAAGGUCCGUGUAAAAGAAAAGAUGACUAAGAAGUUUUAUAGUCUUAGUUUAAACUAGGUUUUGACCUAAAGAUCUCACCAUGAUGUACCCUCUUCGAUGAAGUUUUUCAAUAUUUUUUGGGGUCUUCUUGUGUAAGUAGAACGCUGGUCAGUGUUAUCAUUGAUUUAUUAAAAAAGGUCAUUGCAUUGAUCAGUCUGAUUUGCUCAGUAGCCACAGGCAAGUGCGAUCUGUUAUUAACAGAUACUGAAUAAUUUUAUUUGUUUGUUCACAUCAUUAGGGUUAUUGGGACAUUAUCCAAUUCGUAUGAAUUCUCCAGAGCUUUUAACUGCAAACAAAACACGCCUAUGAAUCCUACCAGCAAGUGCGCCGUGUGGUGCAAAGAUGAACAGCUACUUUAAGGGUCCAUACCUUUGGUGUGAAGUAUAUGACGCUUAGUCCGAAUCAACGGACCCCAGCGAGGGUCGAAAUUGAAGUAGAACAUUAAUGAAAUUUUGAUUUUGAAAAUGUCUUAAGGGAAACCAUAUAUAAGAAACAAGUGACAAGCAUGGCUGCGUAACAAACUGUAGCAAGUACAGUUCAUAGUAUCAUUAUAACUGAAGCCUAAUAUACAUUAACAAUCUGCAAUCAAGUUUCUGAUCAACAGAUCAGCUAGUGGAAGCCAAGUAAUAACACCAGUACAGGGGCGGAUCUAGGGGGAGGGUGCAGGGGGUGCGCACCCCCCCCCCCCUGAGAUGACCUGCGGUUUUCUANUUUUUUGGGGUCUUCUUGUGUAAGUAGAACGCUGGUCAGUGUUAUCAUUGAUUUAUUAAAAAAGGUCAUUGCAUUGAUCAGUCUGAUUUGCUCAGUAGCCACAGGCAAGUGCGAUCUGUUAUUAACAGAUACUGAAUAAUUUUAUUUGUUUGUUCACAUCAUUAGGGUUAUUGGGACAUUAUCCAAUUCGUAUGAAUUCUCCAGAGCUUUUAACUGCAAACAAAACACGCCUAUGAAUCCUACCAGCAAGUGCGCCGUGUGGUGCAAAGAUGAACAGCUACUUUAA